AUGAAUACCCUCAGAACGACACCGCAAUCGAUCCGGAUUGCUGGACACCGUGGCCAUAGUGCUGGUGCACCAGAGAACACCCUAUCCGCGUUCCGGAAGGCUCACGAGUUUGGUGGCAAAGGGGUCACUUGCGAAACCGACCUCGCAUUGACUAGUGAUGGCGAAUUGAUCCUCAUCCACGAUGCUACCGUGGAUCGCACCACCAAUGGCCAGGGUCUUGUUCAAAAUAUGACCUAUGCGGAGAUUGCUCAGCUCGACGCGGGCGCAUGGUUCGACAAAUCAUUUGCAGGAGAACGCAUCCCCCGCCUCACAGAUGCCUUGAAUCUUGCGCGCGAACUUGGCAUCAUUUACCAACUUGAACUGAAAAUAUACGACAAAGACGACGUGAUAUUCCCAAAGCUGAGGGCUCUGAUUGACGAUCUCCAAUGUGCCGACCUUCUACAAUUCUCUUCCUUCGACUUCGUUCAGCUGCGGGCUGUCAAGAAGGCUAUCCCAGAAGUUCCCACGGUGGGCUUGUCGCAUUCUCGUUUGAUCGACCCGGCUGCUCUGGCGCGGGAAGCAAAUGUGGAUGCCAUCAACCUUGAGAUCCAACAUUUCCCUAGCGGCGAAGCUGAACAACUCCACAAAGAGGGCUUUGCCGUUUUCCUGCAUGUUCCGCGCCCGGAGCCUUUGGCGAAACUUAAGUCUUAUGGUGUGGACGUGGAAGCUCAGGUAGUAAACUGGAUUCGUGAAGGUCAGAUGGACCAAAUUAUUUGUGAUGAUGUCGCACAUGUAACUAGACUCAUGAAGGUCGCCCGUGGAUAA